CCUCGCGCCGGGCGCUGCGGCGGCGUCAGCUGACCGCGGGUCACGUGACCCCCGGCGGGUGAGCGGGCGGCGGCGCCGGGGAUGGAGCAGUGACGCAUCUUGCCUUUGUCCUCCAGAAUCAGCAAACAUCAAGAUAAAGGCACAAAAAUGACAGAGUUUUGGCUGAUUUCUGCUCCUGGGGAAAAAACCUGUCAGCAGACAUGGGAGAAGCUACAUGCAGCAACUACAAAACAUAACAAUCUUUCUACUAAUUCAAAGUUCAAUAUUCCAGACUUGAAGGUUGGCACACUGGAUGUUUUGGUUGGUUUGUCAGAUGAGCUGGCUAAACUGGAUGCGUUUGUGGAGAGUGUUGUAAAGAAGGUGGCUCAGUAUAUGGCUGAUGUUCUAGAAGACAGUAAAGAUAAAGUUCAGGAGAAUCUUCUGGCUAAUGGAGUUGACUUGGUCACCUAUAUAACAAGGUUCCAAUGGGAUAUGGCCAAAUACCCAAUCAAGCAAUCCUUGAAGAAUAUUUCAGAAAUUAUUGCAAAGGGAGUAAACCAGAUUGACAAUGAUCUAAAAGCAAGAGCCUCGGCAUACAAUAAUCUGAAAGGGAAUCUUCAGAAUUUGGAAAGAAAGAACGCGGGAAGCUUGCUAACCAGAAGUCUUGCUGAUAUUGUAAAGAAAGAGGACUUUGUACUUGAUUCAGAAUAUUUGGUCACAUUAUUAGUGAUUGUGCCAAAGUUAAAUUACAAUGACUGGGUUAAGCAGUAUGAAACACUAGCAGAGAUGGUUGUACCUCGUUCCAGCAAUGUACUCUUUGAGGACCAAGACAGCUACCUUUGUAAUGUCACCUUGUUCAGGAAGGCAGUGGAUGACUUCAAGCACAAAGCCAGAGAGUAUAAAUUUAUGGUCCGUGACUUCCAGUACAAUGAAGAAGAGAUGAAAGCCGAUAAAGAAGAAAUGAAUAGACUUUCAACUGACAAGAAGAAACAGUUUGGGCCACUGGUUCGGUGGCUGAAAGUUAAUUUCAGUGAAGCUUUCAUUGCAUGGAUUCAUGUGAAAGCAUUACGUGUUUUUGUUGAAUCUGUUUUAAGGUAUGGUUUGCCAGUUAACUUCCAGGCAAUGCUGCUUCAGCCUAAUAAGAAAACAAUGAAGAAACUGAGGGAAGUUCUGUAUGACUUAUACAAACAUCUUGACAGCAGUGCAGCAGCUAUCAUUGAUGCAACUAUGGAUAUUCCAGGUUUAAACCUCAGCCAACAGGAGUACUACCCAUACGUGUACUACAAGAUCGAUUGUAAUUUGCUGGAAUUCAAGUAAAAGUUCCCUAACAUGACAAUCUUCUCAGUGUUGGUGUAAACAAACAGAAGUGAGGUUGAAGUAUAGUAAUACUUUUAACAUUCUACUAAUUAUAUGCUUGCUUCUUAUGUUAGGUGAAUUGAACACACCGUGGUCCAUCUCUAGACAUUUUCUUUUUAAAGAACAGUGUAGCUAACCAGCUUUUAAUCGACGAUGUCUGUAAAUGUAUAUUGAGAGAAUUGAAGUAUUUAUAAACAGAGCGAUUUAUUUAAGGAAAAGCUUAUCCCUCUUUCAUAUGGUGGUCUGUGUUAAUUCCAUUUACUGUUGUUUAUAAAAUAACCUUGUUUACAGAAGACUAGUGUAAAUGUUCAUGGCCAUUUUGUUCAUUUGAUUUAGUAGAUACAAUUGUGUUAAAGUUGUUGAACUGUGAUGUAAAGUAUGUAAAAUUGGUAUGAAAUCGUGUUUUCUGAAUGGUUUAAAAUUAUAAUUGAUGCACUGUAAACACAGGGAAAAUAAACAUACCUGUGCAAA